UCGUCCCAGACGCAGCCUUUAGUGCUCUCCAGAGGGGCUGCCCUGGGUUCUGUCUGUAGCCUUCCUGUCUGGCUGUUUCAUCCCUCUUCUCCCUCCUCCAGCCCAACUGCUGCUGUCACUUCAUGCCCUGCCAAGGAGGAGGGAACUGCAGUGACAGCGGGAGAGAGAGGCAGGACAGAGUUGUGGGGCACAGAGAGGUAUGGAGAGAGGGAUGCUGAGACCAGGGAACAGUAAGACCCAGAGAGAGGGCUAAAGAACAGGGUGAGAGGUAGUGAGAGUCCACGGGAAGAGGGAACUGAAAGGAACACUGAGAGGGGGCAGAAGACAAGGAGGACCUGUGGGUCACAGAGCCAGUCAGCAAUGCUGGGAGCCAAGCGACACUGGCCACCAGGUCUCCUCUCCAGCCCCUGGCUGCCCUUGGCCCUGAUGCUUCUGAUCCUAGGGUGCGGGUGGGCCCAAGAGGGGGCAGAGCCUGUCCUCCUGGAGGGUGAGUGCCUGGUGGUCUGUGAGCCUGGCCGAGCUGCUGCAGGGGGCCCUGGGGGAGCAGCCCUAGGAGAGGCACCCCCGGGAAGAGUGGCAUUUGCCGCAGUCCGAAGCCACCACCAUGAGCCAGCAGGAGAGAUCAGCAAUGGCACCAGUGGGGCCAUCUACUUUGACCAGGUCCUGGUAAAUGAGGGUGGUGGCUUUGACCGGGCCUCAGGCUCCUUCGUGGCCCCUGUCCGUGGUGUCUAUAGCUUCCGAUUCCAUGUGGUGAAGGUGUACAACCGCCAAACUGUCCAGGUAAGCCUGAUGCUGAACACCUGGCCUGUCAUCUCAGCCUUUGCCAACGACCCUGACGUGACUCGAGAGGCAGCCACCAGCUCUGUGUUACUGCCCCUGGACCCGGGGGACCGGGUGUCCCUACGCCUGCGCCGGGGGAACCUGCUGGGUGGCUGGAAAUAUUCAAGCUUCUCUGGCUUCCUCAUUUUCCCACUCUAGAGGUUCAAGCUUUUCAAGGAUCGGACUCUAACCC